GUGUGGAAGAGCUAUUAGCAGAGUGUCAGAGCUGCCUUACACAAGCAAUUUGAAGAAACCUCUGGAGUACUACUUGUGCCUGAUUCAAGCAAGCAAAGGAAGCUUCUCAUCCAGCUGAAGUGGAACAAACAGGUCAAGAUGAAAUUGAUCUUCCAGUCUUUCCUCUAUUGCUGCAUACUAGCUGCAGUAGCACACAGCGCAGAACUCGAAAUAAACCCAGAGCAGAAGAAAAGGCUGAGCAUGUGGAUAGAGAACAGAUUAAUACGGGACCUGGUAUCUGUGGAGAAGACCACGGCGUCUGAGCACUUUGUCAGACCAGAUGAUGUCAGGAACAUACUGCUGCCACAUUCCAGUUCUCACAUCAACAUCCGAACCAAGAGGUCCUCAAUGAACCCUUCUAAAAGAACCGGUUGCUCACUUGGCACAUGCACGGUGCAUGACCUGGCCCACCGUUUGCACCAGCUCAGCAACAAACUUCGAAGUGCUCCCCCAUCAAAGAUCAGCCCGCAGGGAUACGGCCGGAGGCGGCGUGCUCUUCCGGAGCACAGAGUCACACUCAGGUUAGAGGCGGGAAAGAUGAAGCCCGUGUGGAGCAAAGUUGAUUCCCAAGUUCACAAAUUUGAGGCCCUCCUCAGACGGACAUGAGCAGGAGCACAUGGGAGCAAAAGAGCAGAGAACAGAGUGAGUGUCCUCUCUGCUCUAAAAUUCUCCAAAUGCCUCAGAACCCUGCCAAGUGUUCUUCAGCACAUUUUUUCCCGGCCUCGGCACAAGGACUGAGUCAGAGCAAGACUAAAUGCACUGAGUUUCUCUAAAAGCUGGGCUUUGCAGCGAUGAGCUGUGGAGAUCAAAAACUGCAACUAGCUUACAGACACUGGACGGCACAGUGUAGAGCAACUACGAGUGCUGCUGCUUUCUGCUCAGCAGAGGCAAAGAAAGGGUGCUAAUCCCCAGCAAAGUGGACACGACCUUCGUUUUAAUGAGGAAACUCUCGGCUAACAUUCCGGGACUUUAUACACGUCUUCCUCAAGGCAAGGACUUUUUAUCGUCUAAGGAUUAAACUGCCGAAUUCCAAUAAACUGUCAGUACUAGUAUGCACUUUUCCAUUUGGACGUAAAGUCAAAAGAAUCGUCAGGAAAAGAUCUUUAUCACAAUGCCAAACAGAGAGAUAGGCUCCAGAGCUUAGACGCUCCAAGUCUAUAUCAUGUUUUGGACACUAUGGAAAAAUACCUUAGAUUCUGUGUGACAGUCCACAAUGGACUUAAAUAUACUUGAAGCUGUUAUUGUUAACACACGUGCAAUUAAUAUUUGUUUUUAUUGCUGGUAUAUGUAUAUAAGAAUUCCUUUUAUUUAAAUAUCAUAUAGAGGUUACAUUUAUGUGCAGAUUGAACUAUUUUUGUACAGGAAGAAAUAUAUAUGGGCAUUGUAGCGAUUUCUUAUUCUUUUGCAAACUGUGGUAACAGAAUGUCUGUUUUAUGGGGAUAUUAUAUAUUUGUAAAGAUAUUCUAUUUUAUUUGUCAAAGCAAUAAGUGUUACCAUCUAAUAAACAUUUUGCAUACAAAA